AUGAGAACAUACGAAGUACUUUUGUUACUAGUUUUAGCUGCAAGUGCACUUUCUGACGGAGAAUCGCUAUUAAGAUCAUGCAAGAUAAAAGACAUCGAAUGCUUAAGCAAAUCAACGGAGCAAUUUUUGGAAAAAACUUGUAGAGGUAUUCCAGAAACUGAUAUAAAAGCCAUUGACCCUCUAGUGAUACCAAAUUUAGACCAAGCACUAAGUGAAGAUGGUGCUAUAUUGCUACACUUUAAAAACUUAAACAUUACAGGAUUGAAAAACCAGAAAAUAUCCGACUUUCAGAUGGACAAAGCUACAAAAUCUGUGAUACUAAAAUUAAAUGUUGAUUUAAAUAUAGUUGCUGACCUAACAAUAGAAGAAACUAAAACAUCAAAAUACUUCAACGGCGUAUACACAGCUAAGUCAACUACAUUAGCAACGGCAAAUUAUAACUACGACUUAAAGACAAAUGAAAAUGGAGUUCGACACUUUGAAGUUCUUCCAGAAACCAUAACAUGUAAACUAAUAGGCAAGCCCGAAAUCGCCUUCAGUGAUGAUCUUAUUCAAGAAUUACGUAAAGGUGGAAAUGUGAACGAAUGGCAACAGAAAUUCGAAAAUAAACAAGCUGAGUUAGAUGAAAAGACAAUUUGUAAGAUAGUUGAAAAAGCAUACGUGACAGUCGUCCACAAUAUAAGGGCAGCAGCAAAAAUGUUACCCGCUGAAGAUUUCUUCCAAGAUAUA